AUGCCAUUAAAUUUGAAUUUAUCAUCCACUAAAGAUUUUGAUUUAUGUUGUGAUUUAAUUCGAAACAAUUAUGAAAUGAUAUUUGGUUUAAAAUUAUCUGAUAAUGGUUUUACACACUGUUCUAGAAGAAUAGAACGUUUUGUUACUCAAUGUGAUCUAACACAACUCAUUCACCUUAAGUCAUUGAUUUUAAUUCAUCCGACAGUCGACAUCCUUGAUCAAAUGUUAUCAAAAAUAAAUAUGAAUAAUCUUUGUUAUUUAUCAAUUAAACUAAAACCAAGUUACGAUUAUUUUUACUCAAUACCAAUAGAUUGUCCACAACUUGUUUCAACCCUAUUCAAUAGUCAAAAAAUGUCAUCAUUAAAAACAUUAUAUUCACCAUGGAUUGAUCUUAGAAAUUUAAAUACAUUAGGCAAAUGUAAUGUUGAAAAUAUGUAUACAACUAUACAAGAUUUUUAUACAUUUAUAGAAUUAUUAAAACAUUUGCCAAAAAUUCAAUAUUUACACGUUAGAAUAUCUCAAGCAUAUUCAUCAUUUUCACGAGAUUUAUCUGCAACAGCACUGGCAUCGAUUGCAUCAUCUACAUUAAAAUGUUUAAAACUAGACACGCCUAAUAAAACUAUAAAAUAUGUUCGUAUUUCACCCGGAUACUAUUGUAUUGUACCAACAACGACUUUAAAAAAUAGAGUAACGGCUAUUUAA